AUGGCUCAGAAAGAUCAAAAGUUCGAAGGCUGGGUGGGUGAUAGCCCUGCUUCAGCUGAUGGGAACCUUCGUUGGGCCGAGUUUGAACCCAAGCCCUGGGAAGAGACCGAUAUCGAUAUCAAAGUAACUCACUGUGGUAUCUGCGCAAGCGACUUAUCCAUGAUGAGGAGUCAUUGGGGCCCUAUUGUCUACCCAUGCAUUGCUGGACAUGAGAUUGCUGGCAUUGCCGUGCGUGUCGGCACCAGCGCUACUGGUGAUAUCAAAGUCGGCGACCGCGUCGCUGUUGGUUCCCAAGCUGAUGCGUGCCUCGGCCGUUUCGGGGACUGCGAGUACUGUGACUCCGGCGACGACCAGUACUGCACCAAGCAAGUCGGUACAUUUGGCGGCUAUCAUUUCAAUGGCGGUGUUGCUUAUGGAGGCUUCGCACUCUAUCAUCGCUGCCCUUCGCAUUUUGUUAUCAAAAUCCCAGAGGAUGUUUCCUCUGCCGACGCGGCCACGAUGAUGUGCGGCGGCAUCACCACUUACUCCCCAUUGCGACAUCACAGUUGCGGCCCUGGGAAAAGUGUGGGCAUCGUGGGCAUGGGAGGACUGGGCCACUUUGGAGUUCUCUGGGCGAAAGCUCUCGGAGCUGAAAAAGUGACGGUCAUCUCGCGUACUUCUGGCAAAAGGGACGAUGCCAUUGCUAUGGGGGCCGAUGGCUUCAUUGCCACCGGCGAGGAGCCAAACUGGGCUUCGGACCAUGCUAGAUCUUUUGAUAUUCUCCUGUCAACUACCCCGUCUUCCAAGAGCGGCGGCUGUACUGAACAACAUACACAGGUGCCUAUCCAGGAUUACUUGGGGCUUGUGCGCAAUGACGGGAUAUUAGUCCAGGUCGGUGUGCCCGAGAGUCUCUCUGUCACUUUCAACCCACAGGUUCAUAUGAUCAUGAGAAGGGUCAAAAUGACUGGAUCGUUCAUCGGAUCCCCGGCAGAGACGAGGGAAAUGCUACAGUUGGCGGCUGAAAACAAUAUCAAGCCGUGGAUUGAGGAGUUACCUAUGAAGAAUAUUAACGAUGCUCUUCUUAAGAUGGAUGCUGGAAAGCCGAAGUAUCGGUAUGUCUUGGUCAACGAAUGA